GCGUUUAUAGCAAUUUUAUAUGCUCGUGGUGCAUACGAAGCAAAAAACCUAAAACUUCCAUAUUUAUGGUCCGAAAAAUGGGGUCCGAAAUUUUUCUCUGAGACAAUGAGCAGAAAUAAAUUCGCCGAAAUUCUUCGUCUAAUUCGGUUCGAUAAGAAAAAUGAAAGAAGCCAAAGAUUGCAAACAGAUAAAUUUGCAUUAGUUUCAGAGGUAUGGAAUAAAUUCGUUGAAAACAGUCAGAUGUGUUAUAAACCAGGUGCUACCAUUACAGUUGAUGAGCAAUUAUUCCCGACCAAAACCAGAUGUAGAUUUACGCAGUAUAUGCCAAACAAACCGAAUAAGUUUGGUAUAAAAUUCUGGUUGGCGUCGGAUGUAAAAAGUAAAUAUGUUGUAAAUGCAUUUCCCUACUUAGGAAAAGAUGAAAUGAGGUUAUCCGUACCUUUAGGUGAAUUUGUUGUCCUUAAACUUAUAGAUCCAUAUAUUG